AUGGCAAUUGACUUUAAAGCUGAAAAUAAGAAAUUAAAGGCUCAGAAUGACGAGCUUCGACAUCAAAUAGAUGAGCUUAAUGAUAAAUUCCAAAUGAUUUCCUCGAAAUAUAAAAGUUUACAAGAAAGUAACGAACUAUUAAUAGAAAUCAAUCAAGAAUUCGGCCGCGAAAAUGAUCAACUUCAAGCAGAUCUUAAAGAGUAUCAAUCAUUUGAAUUACCAAAAAUCCUAAAUCGAUCAUCAGAUGAUGAAAUUCAAACAAAUAAGCAUAAAUCAAAACAAGCUAGAAAAUCUAAACGAAAGAAAUCGAAAGACAUGCGAUACAAGAACAGUUCGAGCAGUCCAGAAGAUAGUUCAAAUGAAAGUUCUGAAGCUGAAAGAAGUUCACACGACAAGAGAGAUAAAAAAUGGGCGAAAAAUAUACCAGG